AUGUCUUCUAAGCCAGACUCCGAGCCUAAUACAGCUUCUCUUGGUGAGGGCUUUCUAGGCGAUCUAGGACCCCAAAUUAAAAGAUACCAAUAUCAAGGAAUUGGGCAGUUUCUAGCGAUUCGGGCAAUGCAAUGCCAUCGUCAGCAAGAGGAUCUUGGGUUCAGUGAGUGGAUAUUGUUCACAGGAGUUGAGCCUCAGGCGUUUACUCGUGACUUCCUCAACACCAACGAUAAAAACAUCCUACGUUCCUGGAGUGCUUAUGACAAGACUCUACGUCUCCUCCUCGCUAUCAUGCCGGUCUCUCCUGCGCAUGGAGCUGCUGCCACAGCUUUCGAUCGACAAUUGUUUGAAGCUCUUAAACCCCUCGGGCUUGAUGAAUCCAUCCGAAGUACCGGACCUGCUACCCGCUCUGGCGAGCAUGGCGCAAGACAGCCAGACUGCCAAUUCCUACCGAACAGGCGCCCCAGCGGCCGAACCGACGACUGGCCAUCUCUCGUUGUUGAGGUCGCAUUUUCGGAGUCACCGUCGAAGUUGAACGCGAGUGUUCGGUACUGGUUUCAAGAAUCAAAGGGGGAUGUGAAGACCGUGAUCACCUUGAGGAUCAACCAGACCAGGCCUUCUCUUGUGUUUGAAAAAUGGGAAAACAACAAUGGACGGGAGCGCCGCCAACAAGUCGUGGCUGUUCAAAAAGGCGAAAACAACCAUGUCUACGUGCAGCCUCAAAACGGGGCGCUUACAAUCGAUUUUGACAAGUUAUUCCUGCGACAACCGAGUCAACCCCGGGAAACCGACAUCCAGUUCGGCGAGGUGGAGUUGAAAAAGUCGCUGGAAAAGUCUGGUUUGAACAGGGCUUCUAAAUUUAGUGUUUCUAGGAUUCUCUGUCACUAG